AUGAAGCAAGAGCCCUUUGCCGUCGAGCAGUACAUGGACAAAUACGAGACCAGCAUCACCCACAACAUGGGUGAGACCUGUGUCGAGCUGCUCCGCCUCAACGAGGUGUUGACCGCCGACGAAAUGUCGACACUUAUGCAGAAGCAGCUUACUUACGGCGCCAUCCACGGACUGGACGAAUUGACGUCACAGAUCGCUCAGCUCUACCUGAACUUAGACCAAAAGCAAGUGGUGGUGGCGAACGGAGCCAUCGGUGCCAACUUCCUUGGGUUCUAUUCGAUAAUUAACCCUGGAAUGAAGGUGGUGGUGGUCACUCCCACUUACCAACAGCUCGUAAGUGUUCCGGCGAUGUUUGGUGCCACUGUCAGCGAGUACCGCUUGCAAUUUGACCAUAAAUGGCAGCCGCAAUUGGACGCGUUGGAGCAGGCGGUGGCGGCGGACACCGACGUGUUGGUGGUGAACAACCCGAAUAACCCGACCGGUGUAGUAUGGGACGAUGCCACCAUGGAGGCAGUGGUGGCUAUAUGUCGGAAGCAUAAUGUGCUUCUCUAUAGCGACGAAGUAUACCGUCCGUUAUACCAUUCCACCACCAACCCACCGAAGCUGGCCAUUGACUAUGGCUACGACCGUGUGGUGGUGUCGGGGUCGAUGUCCAAAGCCUUCUCGUUGGCUGGUGUCCGUGUGGGGUGGCUAGCAUCACGCUCACCUCUGAUCAUUGAAGACCUUUGGCUUAAACGGGACUAUAACACGAUCCUGGUGCUGAUGGUGGACGACUUCAUUGCUGCCAAAGCAUUGGCCCACCGGGAGGAGAUCUUAAAGAGAAACUACGACAUUUGUCGAAAAAACCUCAAAACUAUCGGCGACAUUAUCGCCAAGCACCACGACUUAGUCGAGUGGGUGGUGCCUACAGGGGGGCUGACGUGUUUUUUGAAAGUGAAAGCCGAUACUGCUCGUCUUGGUCCUGAACUUGCUGAAAAGUACCAAACGCUUGUGGUUCCAGGGGAGACGUUUGGCUACCCUGGCUUCAUCCGAGUAGGGUAUGGCAAUGACCCUAAAGCGAUCGAGGGAGGCCUCCAGCAGUUAGCCAAGGUGUUGAGCGGUGUGGCACUGGCCCAGUAA